AGUGAACCUUGAACAAAGAUGGAAGCACAAGUUGUAUUCUGUGAUGACGACCUGCUCUGUCCACAGUGCAGUGGUGUUUACAGCUAUCCCGUCCUGCUCAAAUGUGGACACAAUAUCUGCCGCGUUUGUCUCCAGACAUUUUGGGAAUUGAAAGGAUCUCGAGAAUGUCCGGUGUGUGGAGCACUGUCUGUACUGGGGAGGCCUCCUAUAAACCUGCAACUGAAAAUAGCAGCAGAAGAAUAUCGGACACAAAAGGCUGUUAAGUGCCCUGACAUCUGCGCUCUACACAAUCAGAAACUGCAGGUAUUCUGUGAAAAUGAUGAGGAGGUUAUAUGCCUGGUGUGUCGAACAUCCAAAAGUCAUAAAAUCCAUCAGUGUUGUCCAAUGGAGGAGGCAGCUGAAGAGAAAAAGAAAGAAGUAACUUCAAAGCUGGAAAACAUGAAGAAAAAGCUUAAGCUGUUGAACAAGAGACAUGAAGAAUGGAAAGAAACCAAAAACUACAUCCAGACCCAGACCCUACAGAGUGAGGGAGCCAUCAGAGAGGAGUUUGAGAAGCUGCGUGUGUUCCUUCAGGACGAGGAGGAGAGCAGACUCACACUGCUACGACAGGAGAGAGACGUGAAAACGGGGGUCCUCAGUGAAAAGAUCCAAGACAUCCAAAAGCAGAUCAAAAGUGUGGCUGCCCUCAUAGACCACAUCGAGGCCACACUCAGCCAAAAAGACCUGCCAUUCUUACAGAACUACAAGGAGACAAAGAUCAGAGCCAAGGAGAAUAUUCAUGAGCCCUUGUGUGUUCGGGACAUCUUGAUAAACUCGGCUAAGCAUUUGGGAAUACUCAAGUUUGAGGUGUGGAAAAAGAUGGGAAACACCGUCAAAUCUGCUCCCAUCACUUUUGACCCAAACUCGGCGCAGUCCAACCUCAGCUUCUCGGACGAGCUUACAUGUGUCCAGUACGGCUGUAGGCAGAGUGUUCCUGACAACCCGGAGCGCUGUGUGAAUCGGGUGUGUGUGCUCGGGACCCCCGGCUUCAGCUCUGGACGCCACAGCUGGACCGUGGACGUGGGACAGGGGCGGAACUGGUAUAUUGGUGUGGCACGGGAAUCCAUCCAGAGAAAGAACACAGUAUUUCUAGACCCUAAUGAGGGAUUCUGGGUAAUUGGGCAGACUAGUGGAGAUUCGUACUGGGCCCAAACGCCAAAUCGCACUAGUUUGGUAGUAAAGCAAAAGCCAGAGAGAAUUACUGUGGAGUUGGACUAUGGCAAAGGCAAAGUGGUGUUCAUUAACAAUACGGACAUGACAAUAAUGCACACAUUUAGAGACAAGUUUACAGAGAAGAUUUUUCCUUAUUUUUCCCCUGGAUUGUAUGAGAAAGGAAAGAUCUCUAGUCCUAUCAUAAUCUGUGCUCAGACUAUUAACAUCAGUAUGGAAUAA